AUGGCACCGCACACGAAGUCCGCCCUGUCAGCUCCGAGAACCCCGAAGAAACCUACCCAAACCGACCGAGUCAGAGAUGUCAUUGAUAAGCUCAAUCGAGAAUACAACCUCGCCAUUGAGAUACCCGAUGUGACACUUACACCGUCCUCGACCCGGCAGCGCGCCGAACAGGAUACCGCCUUUGCCCGCAGCGAAAAGAUUGUCCGUGAUAUCCGAUUCCAUUGCUUCCAAAGCAACUUGCUGGAUAGGAUUCUCAAUUCCUUUCACAUGGAAGCUAGAGCUGCUAGUGAGACGUGGAUCCGGUUAUUUAAUGAUGCCGAACCUAUCCCGGGACCUGGAGGGGCUCCCAAGGCUGAGUCACCUGGCCAAUUAUUAGAGUUGCAGGUAAUUCUCAGCGAUAUAUUGGAUAAGGCUCAUGCUCAGGUCAAGGCACGCAAAUUAACUCGGAAUCACACCGGACCAGCAGUCUUCGCCUCGACUGAAUCAAGCAAGUCAAAGAGGAGAUCCGAAAUAGACACCAAAGCCGAAUCACCCAAGAGAGUCAGGGGAAGCCCCUUACGGGGAGAGGAGAGAGAAGGUGUGAUUUCCAAUGCUCUGGACAAAAUUCCAAGUCGUUCUCGAUCAGCAAUACCCGAGGCCAUGCCGGCACAGUUCACCAGGGAGACCUGGAGGCCGAACAAGUCUUUCGAUACUUCCCUCUAUACCUCGACUUCUGUGCGCCAAAGCGUGUGCGGGACCAUUUCUCACACGACAUCUGCGAGCACUAGUCGGACGUCACUCUUUUCCAAGGUAGACGAUCGACUACCGUGCACCCAAGAGACAGUCCCAGUUCCUCUUGAGGAAGAAGAGAUGCGCCGGGAGUUUCUGGAUCAAGCACCGAAUUCCUCACAGUCGCAGGAGCUUUUCCCAGCAUCUUCUGGUCAUCUCGAUGCACUGAAUAUCUCCUUCACGGAACACGAAGUAGAAUCCGCGAAGAAGAGGUCUAGAACACCAGCAGAUCUCCGUCCCGAACCGCUCGCCAGCCCUUCUAAGAGAUCAACCAUCUACUCAGAGAUCUCGGGUCUUCAAGAUCCAUGCUUGUGCGAGCCAGUCUCCACUCCUCUCAAACGAUCCGAGCCGGUUGAUCUUCGAUCCCGUCUUGACGCCUCGUGGCCCAGAUUUCCCAGGUGGCUCAACCGCGCGCCAUUCGCUGUCGCAUGGGAAAUGACGCGCAUCGCAGUGCAUUGCGAAGUCGACCUUGGAGAAGUGAUGAUGGACUAUGACGAAUCGUGGAUCAACUACAACCAGCUGUGGAAGUCACUUUUAGCCCAUCCCGGUUUCGCUGGCAAAUCAUUCCCUGAGCGUCCUAGUACGGACGCUUGGGCUGCUGCCAUGUCUGGCUUUAACACAGUCCGAGGACAGCACGUAGUAUUUUCUGCUCGUUUUGAUCAAGUUCCUCGAGCGAAGAAGAAGGGUCCCAUGUUCUCAUUGUCGAUGCAGCCCAUCGCCUUGGAUCAAGGCUGUCGUUUGCACCGUCAUUUCGGUUCCGAUCGGUUUCUCGAAAUAUUGAUCCCAAAUCCCAAAGGGUGGCAUGAACCCAUUAAAGAGCCCGAAGUGUCACAAGAGGUCGUCCAUUGGUUCUCUUCAAAGCGGCAUUACCUCGCAGGCAGGCAGUGGCGGGCUUUCUUCUCCAGAGACGCCGGAUACAAGACGCCACAGAAAAACCUGACUAUGGGCCCUGAGCCAAAGCCCGUCUAUCAAGACAAAAUCAGUCUCUUUGCCGAGAACGGCAACAACUUCCAUGCAGCCCUCCCUCUCGGAAAAUCUUCUCAUGACAAUCCUCGGGAGUUUAGGGCUAAGCUCAGCACUGGGGAGAUGCUCGACUGGCUUCUUCAAUUUGAGCACAACAAGGAACAGCCACUUCUCAAGUUGUUCUCCCGUAUCCAGCUUGGAUUGAGCAAAACGACGCCAGUGAUCGUUCUCGAGCCCAAUCAAAUACGUCACCAGAAAAAGGACAUACUCUCGCCGACUGGCAUGGUCAUGAACGAUGGAAUCGGCCUCAUGUCUCGCGCACUUGCUCGCAAAGUCAGAGAUGUUCUUGGACUAAGUGAUGUUCCGUCUGCUGUUCAGGCUCGCUUUGGUCCUGCCAAGGGCAUGUGGAUGACCGAUGUCUUUGGUGACGACGACAGUCUGUGGAUAGAGACCUGGCCGUCUCAACGGAAGUGGAACUGUGACUAUGUUGACCCGCAGCAUCGCACGCUCGAAAUUCGUGCUCAUUCGAUGGAACCACGAUCUGCGAGCCUCAACGUUCAGUUCCUUCCAGUCCUCGAAGACCGAGCCAAAGACAGAGACGCAAUGAAACACACUAUUGGAAAGAUCCUUGAGAACGAACUAUAUCGGUCGCUAGAGGAGCAAAAGAACGCGAUGAAGUAUCCCUUGGAGUUCCGCAAAUGGAAUGUUGAAAAUUCUUCCACAAGAAAGCAGCGGCUUACCUGUGGACGGGUGCCUUUCUUGGCUGGUCUCCCGGACUCGCAAGAAGAGACCAUGAACUUCCUUCUGGAUGGUGGAUUCGAGCCACUGAAGCAGAAGUUUCUCCAAGAGAUUGCCUGGAAUUUAAGGCGAAGCAAGUGCGAAAAUCUGUUGAAGAAGAUGAGCAUCCAGGUGCCCAACUCAGCCUACUUCUUCAUGGUGGUCGACAUGUGGAACAUACUCGAAGAGAACGAAGUGCACUUAUGCUUUUCGUCAAAGUUCCAGACAGAGACCUUUUCGGACUCCAUGCUCCAUGGUUGCGACGUCCUCGUGGCUCGCUCUCCGGCGCAUUUUGUGAGCGAUAUUCAGAGGGUGAAGGCCGUAUUCAAACCAGAGCUACACGCUCUCAAAGACGUCGUUAUUUUCUCAGCCAAAGGAAACGUCCCUCUUGCAGACAAAUUGUCAGGUGGUGACUAUGAUGGCGACAAGGCGUGGGUCUGCUGGGAGCCAGCAAUUGUGUCUAAUUUUGAAAACGCAGAGGUACCGCCGAGCCCCAAUUUAUCAAGCUACUUGAGGAAAGACAAAACAACGUUUGGGGAUCUUGUUCAACAGCAAGGCGAAAAGGCUAUAUCGGAAAUGAUCGACCGCAGCAUUGCCUUCAGCAUGAAGCCUAGCUAUUUGGGUAUUGUGACCGCGUACAAAGAGAGGCUUUGCUACUAUCUCAACAGCGUGAACAACCAUUACGCCCUCUGGUUGAGCGCUCUUCUGGGCAACCUUGUUGACCAGGCCAAACAGGGCUUUGACUUUACAGAAGAAGAUUGGUACAGGUUCUGCCGAGAGCGGCUCGACAGUCACCAAUUUAACGGUCUGCCAGAGCCGGCUUACAAGUCUGAAUGUUGGUCGCACCCCCGGUCACCAGUCCACAUAAUCGACAUCUUAAGGUUCGUGGUGGCGAAGCCAGCCAUUGAAAAGGAACUGGCAAAGUUCCACAAGUCAAUGGUCACGAGGUCGAAUGAAUCUGGGUAUGAGCUGCGAUCUCUUCGCUCAACCAAAGCUAGCGAAGAGGAGCUAACAGCGGAACUGUGGGAUCCUGAUCUCACCAAGCUUCAUGAAGCUUUCGGGAAACAUGCAACGAAGGACCCGGCGUUAAAAAAGAUUUUGCGAAAUCUGAAGACCGACUUGGAGGGUGCCGAAAAGAGUUGGAGCGAAAAGGUUGGCUCGAGCAAAGACAAGGACGACAUGAACCGCGCCAUACUCGAAGUGUAUGAAGAAUGGCGCUUGAUUGAACCCCGUCCAGAUGGUGCGCUUGAGCCACUGACCGACGCCUUACUGAGGCAGACGUACGCGAGCGAGGACCACACUACCUGGGCUUUACUGCGUGCCAGUACAACAUUCAAGAUGUUUUACAAUCGCAAAACAAAGUUUGUUUGGCGGAUGGCGGGCAUUCAACUGCAGUUCAUCAAGGCAAUGACUACAGCAGGGCCUGACAGAGUCCUUGUCCCUGUGGUUCCGAGCAUGUACGCGGCCCUGAAGCCGGACGCGAAAUUCAUUACCCAGGCCACCUCAAGACUGAAGGAUGAAGGGUCCGAGUAUCCUGGUUUCGACUCGGACGGCGAGAAUGAUUGGGAUGGAUCAGGAGGAGAGGAAUGA